AGUGGGGAGGCGUAACCAUCCCGGCCCCGCCCGCCCGCCCGCCCGCCCGCGCCGCCGCGCGCCCCGGGCCGCCGGAGCUGGGCGCGAUGGGCCCGGGCUGGCGGGCGCCCUCGGUAGCGCUGGUGGGCGGCAGCGUGGCUCUCUUCGGGGCGCUGCGGCGGGCGGCACUGGCCCUGCCCCGGCCCGCCGCCGUGAGGAGCCGCCCCGGACGCGUCUGGCGCUGGCGGAACCUCCUCGUCUCUUUCGCACACUCCGUGCUGGCCGGGCUAUGGGCUCUCUUCAGCCUCUGGCACUCCCCGGAGCUGCUCUCUGACAUCCAGGACGGCUACAGCAUCUCAGGGCACCUGCUGGUCUGCUUCUCCUCAGGCUACUUCAUCCAUGACAGCCUUGACAUCAUCUUCAACCACCAGUCCCGCUCCUCCUGGGAGUACCUGGUGCACCACGCCAUGGCUAUCUCUGCCUUCGUCUCGCUCAUCAUCACCGGCCGUUUCCUGGUGGCAGCGAUGCUGCUGCUGCUGGUGGAGGUGAGCAACAUCUUCCUCACUGUCCGCAUGCUGCUGAAGAUGAGCAACGUGCCUUCCCCAGCACUCUACGAGGCCAACAAAUACAUCAACCUGGUGAUGUACUUUGCCUUCCGCCUGGCACCCCAGGCUUACCUCACCUGGUACUUCCUCCGCUACGUGGAGGUGCAGGGCCAGGGUGCCUUCCUCACCGCCAACCUCCUGCUGCUCGACGCCAUGAUCCUCAUGUACUUCUCCCGCCUCCUCCGCUCUGAUUUUUUCCCCUCCCUGCGCAAGGGUUCUGCAGGGAGAGACGUGGAUGGGCUCGCUCCCUGGCCCCAGGCCCUGCCUUCACCUGCUCUGCUGCCUAAAAGCGCUUCCCUGCUGGACCAGCCCGACAGCCUCGCCGAGCCACGGGGACACCGCUGAAGCCGGGUGCACGGCCGAUGGAGAAGCAGCCCAAGCCGGCUUCCGCGCAGGCAGCUGGAGGGCCAGGGGUGGCUGUGUUUCGCAGCUGAUGGCCUGAGAGGGUUGCGAGGGAAGGGACGAGUCCCUCCCACGGUGAUGUUGGGUGAUACGUGCAUUAAAAUCAGUCUGUUUACUGCUGCCGCA